GAUGAUGAAGACUGAUGCUGAGAUGUGUGGACUGCGUUUCUAACCCCCUUCCCCCAUGAAACAAAUCAACGCGCCUUUAAAUAGAACCAUAUUGUCAUUCUGACUGCUGUUAUCUGACUGCCAGAGCGGAGACGGACCCGCUCGUCUUCCAUUGCAGAAGAAAUACACUUUUUAUUCUUCUAUUCCACACACUCUUCACAGUAAGCAUGCCUAGCAACAGAAAGAAGAACAAGCGCCGAAUGAGAAAAGUGCAGGCCCAGAGAAAGGCUUUGGAGGAGAGGUUUGUCUCCUCUGGAAAGGGAACCCCAGGAGUGUGUGCUGUCCCUGCCCCAGUUCCUGCACAAGUUCCAGUUUCUAAAAUCUCAGAGUGUCCCAUUGCGGUUCCAAUUCCCCUGGCAGUGAUUGCUCCCAUCGACGUUCCUGCUGAAGUAACUCCUGCAGAACCAGUCAUGGUACAAGCCCCAGUCACAGACGCCAUCAAAGACAAAGUGGUGAAAGCUGCAGAGGACCUAAGACAAACCCCAGUGGAACCCUCUGCAAAAGAGCUAGUUUUGACUGAGGAAGGUGACAGCAUUGCCAUUCCAGUAUUAGAGACAUCACAAGUGCUUGGGUUGGACAUCCACACACACCGAGAGUGGCACAGGGCAGGGCAAGAGAGAGAGGCACAUAUCAUUAUAGUCAUAUCAUCUAUAGAUGAGCCAGUGUCCAACCCUGCAGAAUCUGAGGUCCAGUUUGAGGACACUACACCUGUAGCCACAGAGAUGCAUGUUGUAGCUCAGCCUGUCGAGACAGUUGACACCGAGUGCGAAGGUGAAGGUGAGCUUCCUGCUGAGGAUCCUGUGGUAGAUGUACCAGUGCCAGAGGAGAUGGUGACUACAGCUGAAACUGUUGCUGCAGUUGAAACGGUGACAGAAACAGUAGUUACUGAAGUUGAGCCUGUUGCUGAGGCCGCAGUGGAAGUUGUCGGGGUCGUGGGAGAGCCUGACGUUGAAGCCGAAGCCAUAACUGUUGAAAAUGAGCCUGCUGAAGUCCACAAAGUUGCAGAAGUCACGGAGCCUUCGGUUGAGUCCACGAGUGACCCCAUCACUGAAGAAUGUGUUUUGACUGAGACAGUAGUUGCUGACACAACUGCUGCAGAGGAACAGAUUCCUGAAACAGCAACAGAUGCCUCCGAGGUUCAAUCAGAGACACUGUCAGAAACAAUUCCUGCUCCUGAGCCACUGACUGUGCCUGUAGCAAAGGAGAUUAUACAAGCUCAAGAUGAAUUAAUGCCGCAAAUAGAAACUGAAACUAUAAAGGACUUGGCAGUGGCUGGUGGCCUAACUGUGGAUGCCAUAAAUGGAUGUCUGGGAGCUACCGAAGUUGCAAUUGAAGGUUAAAGUGGCUAUGUUUCAUAUGAUAUAAAGAGAUGGCUGAAAUAUGAAACAUUGCAAAGUGCCUUAUGUGCUGAUUCUCACCUAAACAAUGACAAGGAUGUGUGCUUGUUCUUCGCUAGUGGAGUUUUUCUGAAUUUACCUCAGUUUCCAUAUGCAUGUAUGGUAGAUUUGAUGCCGUUUAACAUUGCAUAUGUAGUAAAGUAAAAUGGAGGGAUGUUGCAAA